UCAAACACGGCUCAUCCUCAUCCUCAUCCUUCCCCUUCUUCUCAUCUCUCAUCAGCCUCGAACAACAACAACAACAACAACAACAGCAACGUCCCUCGUCACCGAGCAACACUGUCAAACUCACACACAAGUGACGAGAGGACACGGCCAAUGACCACGGGGACUGUCCUCUUGGCGUCUGUGCACCCGAGCACCUUUCCCUCGUCAGCUUCGUCUGUCACUUCUCCCUCGAUAUCAAACGCCACGGGCCCACCUCAGUCUUCUGGCAAUUCAAAGUCGGGUCCUUCAACCACUGCACCGGUGAACAUUCCUGGUUCUGGGAACGGUACCGGAUCUCAGCAAUCGAUCGCCGCUCCGGCUUUCAGCUCGCUGACUUCAUCUUCGCUUCCCGCCUCCGCUCCCGCUCCGCCAUUCGACACGACCUCCAGCAACAAUAGUGGUCCCGAAUCAUCUGUUCAAAAUCAGUCCCUCAGCCAUUCGGGGUCAUACAACAACGAAUUAUCUUUCCACACCACUACAUCUUACCCUGGAUCAUACGAGAGUGCUUUCUCCUCAGCCGAUUCACCUUGGAUUCAAGCUGCUUCGUAUCCUCCUCAAUCCUGGGCAGGUCAAGCCCAACAUCCUCCCUAUCAGAUCAUCUAUCAACCGUUUCCACCUCGAGGCAAAGAUAUGGAACCGAUUCUCGAACCUGGCGAGCUCCCGGCUCCUCGGCCUCAAACGUCUUACGCCGCCCUCAUCGGCGAGGCACUGUUGAUGGCUCCUCCGCCACAUCAAUUGUACGUUUCUGAAAUCUCAGACUCUAUCAAGAAGCGGUAUCCAUACUAUAGACAGAACCCUUCAAAAAUCUACAACGGCGUUCGACAUCAGACAUCCAUGUGCAAAGCCUUUGUCAAACUCCCUCGACCAUUCGGUGACCAGUCGGGUGGCGCUCGCAAAUGGGCUAUACGAGCGGGUUGUGAGACUUGGUUCCAUGGUGGUGGCUACCAUCCUCCUGGUCCUGCAUCGCCUGCACUCGGUAACAAGAAGCCUAUGGGUGGCAAAGCCAAAGCAACUGCUCGAGCCAAGCAAUUGGUCAUCGGUACCGGUUCGCCAGAUCGCAAAGGGUAUAUCGAUCCAGCACCUUGGUCUGCAGGUGGUCCGUCAAAUGGUCCAGCAUACGACGGCACUUCUCGACCACUGAUGCCAUACGCUCAACCUCCUGCCUAUCCAUACCACGCUGCUGGGUAUCACUAUGUUCCGGUGCAGCAACCCGGACCUCAGCACACGAACAUGCCAAGCAGUGACAACAACGCCGCCAACAACAGCUCGUACCCUGCUCACGUCGUCAACUCUGGAUCACAUGGAAGAGGUGCUCACCCUCAUGCUGCUCACCAACCUGUCUACGUUCCAGUUUGGGGACCUUACGGCGCGCAACCCCCACCUUCUUUGUCCAACUCUUCCACCGCCACUUCUGCUGCUCCUUACUGGUCUCGAACUACCCCUCAGGAUAUCUCCAGCCCUGAGCACGAUCAAUGGCGAGAUGAGAGGGGUGGGAUGGCGCCGAGCGAGCAUGGAAGCUACGAUGAGAAGACGGCGGAGAUGGGUCAUCACAGCUCGCCAACAUCGAUCCACUCUUCCCCCUUGAGGCGAUAGACCGCCGAUCACCUCAAAAUCUUCUCGUUCUCCACCUUUCUCGUCGCCUAUACCCAUACUCGCCUCACUUAUCUGAUUUUCUCUUGACGAAUGCCGCAACGACCAUGUGAAUACCGACUCCUGUCGACUUUCUCGCUCUGCUGGUUCGGAGCAACGUAUAUACGGAUCUCGUUUCUUCUGGCUGGGAACAAGUAGAAUAAGAGACUUAUACGACCGGCGGUCCUCUGAGCCGGAUGGUUGUAGACGCACGCGUUCAACGAUACGACAGGGCUAUACCCCUUUUCUAUGAUGACCGUUUCAUGAUUAUUCUUCUUUGCUGAUCUUCUCAUUUGAUCUCGUGACAUUUCGUGUAUGCAAACAUCUUGGCCCCUG